GGGCGGGGGUGCACCGUGGGACAGCGCCGACCGAGGGCCCUCCUCCCCGCCUCCCCGCCUCCCCAGAUGUGCAGCGGCGAGCCGGGGUCACUUCCAGUCGGAAUAGUGCAGCGACAACAUCUCACGUUGACGACGACGUUUAACUUACACCGUGGAUCUACUCGAACGCCCCCCGUCGCCCAUCCCCGCCUCCUCCUCAGUCGCAGACAAGAAGACAUUGGGAUUUAUGAACAACCCAUGUGGACUUUAUGUGUAAGCACUUUCAACGAGAAGGGAUGCCUAAUUUCUUGGCGAAAGUAACUUUAUUGUUGUGGCUAAUUGGACUAGCGCGAGGCCUAAAAUGCUCCAUGCCUACGGAGUCGUGUUUGAUCCAGGGGAGGUGUGAGGCCACUCCAGAUGGCAACGGACAGUGCAAGUGUCGGGAUGGAUACGCAGGAAGCAAGUGCCAGUUUCGUGACCCGUGCAUCACCGGGCCGUGCCUGAACGGUGCCACGUGCAGCGUGGUGACCAAGGCUAACACGGUGGACUUCAGCUGCGCCUGCAAGCCGGGUUUCGCUGACCCCCGCUGCCAGACCCCCGUCGGGAACGCCUGUGUCGGCGCGUCGUGCCGCAACGGGGGUACAUGCCAGCUGGAGGGUCCGCAAGCGUACAAGUGCCGCUGCCCUCCUGGAUGGGCAGGAAAAAUCUGCAAGCAGGAUGUCAACGAGUGCGACGCCAGCCCGCCCCCGUGCAAGAAUGGCGGCUCUUGCAUCAACGUGGUCGGCGGCUACCGUUGCCAGUGCCCGGCCGAGUACUCCGGCGAGCACUGCGAGAGCCGCUACCUGCCCUGCAGCCCGUCGCCGUGCCAAAAUGGAGGCACUUGCGUCCAGAAGGGAGACACGAGUUAUGAAUGCACUUGUGUGCCAGGCUUCUCGGGGAAAAACUGCAACCAGAACAUUGAUGACUGCCCGGGUCACGAGUGCCAUAACGGCGGCACCUGUGUCGACGGAGUCAACACCUACAAUUGCCAGUGUCGGCCCGAGUUCACAGGUCAACUGUGCACGGAAGACGUGGAUGAGUGCCAGCUGAUGCCCAACGCCUGCCAAAACGGCGGCACGUGCCACAACACCUACGGCAGCUUCCAGUGCGUGUGUGUCAAUGGCUGGACGGGCGACGACUGCAGCGAGAACAUCGACGACUGCGCCAGCGCCGCCUGCUACCACGGCUCUACCUGCCACGACCGCGUGGCUUCCUUCGUCUGCCAGUGCCCCCACGGCCGCACAGGUCUGCUGUGCCAGCUGGAUGACGCCUGCAUCAGCAACCCUUGUCAGAAGGGCUCCAACUGCGACACAAACCCCGUCAACGGGAAUCACCUGUGUGCCUGCCCUCCGGGCUACCUGGGGGCGUCCUGUGAUCAAGACGUUAACGAGUGCUCACUAGGUCCCAACCCAUGUGAGCACGCUGGCAAGUGCAUGAACACCAAAGGCUCAUUCCAGUGCAAGUGCCAGCGGGGCUAUGUGGGGCCGCGCUGUGAGCUGGACAUCAACGAGUGCAUGUCCAGCCCGUGCAAGAACGAGGCCACCUGCCUGGACCAGAUAGGAGACUUCCACUGCAUCUGCAUGCCAGGCUACGAGGGGGAGUUCUGUGAGAUCGAUACGGACGAGUGCGCCCAUAAACCCUGCCUGAACGGCGGCAACUGUAUUGACAAGAUCAACGCCUUCCACUGCCAGUGCCCCACAGGCUACACAGGGCACAUUUGCCAGAUCGACAUCGACGAGUGUGCCAGCACGCCUUGCAAAAAUGGUGCCAAGUGCACAGAUGGGCCCAACAAGUACACCUGCGAGUGCACAGAGGGCUACUCUGGGCGGCACUGCGAGACGGACAUUGAUGAGUGCCACUCGAACCCGUGCCACUACGGCUCCUGCGUGGACGGCCUGGCCUCCUUCAGCUGCCACUGCCGCCCGGGUUACACAGGCCGGCUGUGCGAGACCAACGUCAACGAGUGUCUCAGCCAGCCGUGCCGGAACGGCGGCGUCUGCCAGGACCGGGAAAACGCAUUCAUCUGCAACUGCCCCAAGGGAACCACCGGAAUCAACUGUGAAAUCAACACUGAUGACUGCAAGAGCAACCCUUGCGACUACGGCACCUGCAUUGACAAGAUCAAUGGCUAUGAGUGUGCCUGCAAGCCCGGAUACACUGGUACCAUGUGUACCAUCAACAUAGACGAGUGCGCCAUCUACCCAUGCCACAACGGCGGCACCUGUAUCGACGGCAUCAACCGCUUCACCUGCGUGUGUCCCGAGGGCUACCACGACCCCAUCUGCUUCUCGCAGGUCAACGAGUGCCUCAGCAACCCCUGCGUCCAUGGACACUGUGAGGACAAGGUCAACGGCUACAAAUGCCUGUGCGACUCCGGCUGGAGCGGCAAGAACUGCGACAUCAACAACAACGAGUGCGAGUCCAACCCGUGCAUGAACAGCGGCACGUGCAAGGACAUGACAAGCGGCUACUUGUGCACCUGCCGUGUGGGCUUCACUGGACCAAACUGUCAAACCAACAUCAACGAAUGUGCCUCCAACCCCUGCCUAAACCAGGGGACGUGCAUCGAUGGCGAGGCGGGUUACAAGUGCAACUGCGUCCUGCCUUACACAGGAGAAAACUGCGAAAGCGUCAUGGCCCCCUGUAGCACCAAACCCUGCAAACACGGAGGAAUGUGUCAGGAGUCAGAGGACUAUCAGAGCUUCUCCUGCAUCUGCCCGGAAGGAUGGCAAGGACAAACAUGCGAGGUGGACAUUAAGGAGUGUGUCAAGAAUCCCUGCCGCAACGGAGCCACCUGCCAGAACACCAUGGGAAGUUACCGUUGCAGCUGCAAACCCGGAUUCACCGGACGCAACUGUGAAACUGACAUUGACGACUGCAAGCCCAACCCGUGUAGCAAUGGGGGCCUGUGUCAGGACGAGGCCAACGGCUUCCUAUGCACGUGCCAGCCGGGCUUCCGGGGCAUGGCGUGCGACGAGGACAUCAACGAGUGCGAGAGCAACCCGUGCAAGAACGCCGCCAACUGCACCGACUGUGUCAACAGCUACACCUGCACCUGCCCACCCGGCUUCAGCGGCAUCCACUGUGAAAACAACACGCCCGACUGCACGGAGAGCUCCUGCUUCAACGGCGGCACCUGCGUGGACGGUAUCAACGCCUUCACGUGCCUGUGCCCUUCCGGCUUCACCGGCAGCUACUGUCAGCAUGACAUCAACGAGUGCGACUCCAGACCCUGCCUGCACGGUGGGACCUGCCAGGACAGCUACGGAGCCUACAAGUGUGUGUGUCCACAUGGAUACACGGGACUCAACUGUCAGUAUCUAGUGCGCUGGUGCAACUCGUCACCCUGUAAAAAUGGGGGUAGCUGCUGGCAAACGGGCACCUCCUACAGGUGUGAGUGCCAGACGGGCUGGGCGGGCGUCUACUGUGACAUACCAAGUGUUUCCUGUGAGGUGGCAGCCAAACAGAGAGGGGUGGACGUUGCCAACCUGUGUCGUAACUCAGGCCAGUGUCUGGAUGCCGGAAACGUUCACCGCUGCCACUGCCAGGUGGGUUAUACAGGAAGCUACUGUGAGGAGCAAGUGGAUGAAUGCACGCCCAACCCCUGUCAGAAUGGAGCGACUUGUUUUGACUUUUUAGGAGGAUACACCUGCAAGUGCUCGCCUGGCUUCGUGGGGACCAACUGCUCCGACGAGAUCAAUGAGUGCUUCUCCCAGCCGUGCCAGCACGGGGGCACCUGCAUUGACCUGAUCGAUACCUACAAAUGCUCCUGUCCCCGGGGAACGCAAGGCGUCAACUGCGAGAUCAACGUGGACGACUGCACGCCGUUGGCCGAGCCGCUCACCAAAGAGCCCAAGUGUUUCAACCACGGCAGGUGCGUGGACGGCGUGGGCGGCUACCACUGCCUGUGCCCGCCCGGCUACGUUGGCGAGCGCUGCGAGGGUGACGUCAACGAGUGCCUCUCAAACCCGUGCGACCUGCGCGGCACGCACAGCUGCAUCCAGCUGGCCAACAACUACCGCUGCGAGUGUCGUACUGGAUUCACUGGUCAGCGCUGUGAAGCUGUGUUCGAUGGCUGUAAGGGGAAACCGUGUCGCAAUGGGGGGACCUGUGCUGUCGCCAGUAACACCCCGCACGGCUUCAUAUGCAAAUGUCCUCCUGGAUUCACUGGCUCCACCUGUGACUACAACGCCCAGGCUUGCGGCAGCCUCCAGUGCCGGAAUGGAGGCACUUGCAUCUCGGGCCAGCUGAGUCCCAAGUGUCUGUGCACGCCAUCAUUCACGGGGCCCCAGUGCCAGUACCCCACCGACAGCCCGUGCAACUCCAACCCCUGCUACAACUCAGGCACGUGCGAGAACACCCCCGAGGCGCCGUACUACCACUGCGUCUGCCCCGCCAACUUCAACGGCCUCUGGUGCCACAUCCUGGACUACAGCUCCCCGGGCGGACGGGGCCACGAUGUGGCACCGCUGCCACCGUCAGUGACGGACGUAGCUUGUGAGAUCCCGCAGUGUGAGGAGCGCAAGCACAACCAGGUGUGCGAUAUGCUGUGCAACAAGCACGCAUGCGGCUGGGACAAUGGCGACUGCUCGCUUAACUUCGACGAUCCAUGGAAGAACUGCUCGGCCUCGUUGCAGUGUUGGCGCUACUUCAAUGACGGCAAUUGUGACUCGCAGUGCGACAAUGGCGGGUGCCUCUACGAUGGAUUUGACUGCCAGAAUCUGGAAGGACAGUGCAACCCCCUGUACGACCAGUACUGCAAAGACCACUACGCCGACAGCCACUGCGACCAGGGCUGCAACAACGCUGAGUGCGAAUGGGAUGGCCUGGAUUGCGCCAACAACAUGCCAGAGAAGCUGGCCCUGGGCCAGCUUGUGGUGGUGGUCCUGAUCGCACCAGCGCAGCUGCUCAACAACUCGUUUGGCUUCUUGCGUGCGCUCAGCCGUGUCCUGCGCACCAACGUGGUGUUCCGGAUGGACACGGAGGGCGAGACCAUGGUCUACCCCUACUACGGCAACGAACAGGAGCUAAAGAAGUACAACGUCAAACGCUCGGUGGCCACAUGGUCUGAAGUUCCGGGCAAGGUGCUGAACGUGGUCAGGAGGAGCGUGGAUGGGCACUGGCGGACAAAGAGGGAGCUGGAUCACGUGCAGAUAAAAGGCUCCAUCGUGUACUUGGAGGUUGACAACCGUCAGUGCGUCCAGCAGUCCAGCGAAUGUUUCCAGAGCGCCACGGACGCCGCCGCCUUCCUCGGGGCGUUGGCGUCCAGCGGCAAACUGGACGUUCCCUAUACCAUCGAAGCCGUUUAUAGCGGUGCCGACGCCCAGCAGCCGCAGGAACUCUACCCGGUCUACCUGGUGCUGGGCACCCUGGCCAUGUUGGCUUUCGUCGGUGUGGGUGUGGUGGUCGCCCGGAAGCGUCGGCACGAGCACGGGCGCCUCUGGCUCCCUGAGGGCUUCAAGACCACCGAGCCCAGCAAGAAGAAGAGACGCGAGCCCGUCGGGGAGGAUUCGGUGGGAUUAAAACCGCUAAAAAACACCUCGGACAUUUCCCUCAUGGACGACGGCCACAACGAAUGGGGAGAAGACGAGCCCUCAAGCGACAAACGUUUCAGGUUUGACGAGCAAGCCGUCGUAGACGCAGGCGACCACACGGACAACCGGCAAUGGACCCAGCAGCACUUGGACGCGGCUGACCUGCGCAUCCCCUCCGUGGCGCCCACACCCCCCCAGGGCGAGAUUGACAGCGACUGCAUGGACGUCAACGUCCGAGGGCCAGAUGGAUUCACACCGCUCAUGAUCGCGUCCUGCAGCGGUGGCGGCCUGGAGACGGCCAACAGCGAGGAGGAGGAGGACGCCUCGGCAAACGUCAUCAAUGACUUCAUUUACCAGGGCGCCAGCCUUCACAACCAAACAGACCGCACUGGUGAGACGGCGCUGCACCUGGCCGCCCGCUAUGCCCGCUCCGACGCCGCCAAGCGGCUGCUGGAGGCCAGCGCCGAUGCCAACAUCCAGGACAACAUGGGCAGGACCCCGCUUCACGCCGCCGUGGCAGCUGACGCCCAGGGGGUCUUCCAGAUUCUCAUAAGGAACCGCGCCACCGACCUCGACUCCCGCAUGCAGGACGGCACCACCCCCCUCAUCUUGGCCGCCAGGCUAGCGGUGGAGGGCAUGGUGGACGAGCUCAUCAACUGCCAUGCUGACGUCAACGCCAUCGAUGACUUUGGUAAAUCAGCGUUGCACUGGGCCGCUGCUGUGAAUAACGUGGAGGCUGCUAUGGUGCUGCUCAAGAGCGGUGCCAACAAGGACAUGCAAAACAACAAGGAGGAGACGCCUCUGUUCCUUGCGGCCCGGGAAGGAAGCUACGAGACGGCCAAAGUCCUGCUGGACCACUUUGCUAACCGGGAGAUAACGGACCACAUGGACCGUCUUCCCCGAGACAUCGCCCAAGACCGAAUGCAUCACGACAUCGUCCGUUUAAUGGACGAGUACAACCUAGUGCGGAGUCCUCCCAUACACGGGGGCGCCCUGGGUACAGCGUUAUCACCCCCGCUCUGCUCGCCCAACGGCUACGUGGGCGGCAUGAGGCAGCCCCCGCCUCAGAGCCAGGGCCCGCUGGGUGGCAGGAAGACUCGCAAACCCGCCACCAAGGUCUGCAACGACGCCAAAGACAUGAAAGUAAAGAAGAAGAACUCGCAGGAUGGGAAGCCUCCUGGCAGUUUGUUGGAAAGCUCAGCCGUUCUGUCCCCGGUGGAUUCACUGGAGUCGCCUUGCGGCUACGCCUCAGACGCCGCGUCCCCACCCGUGAUGACGCCCGCAGCAAUCGGCCACCUCCAAACCAUGUCGGACCCGCACCUUGGCGUCGGCCACAUGGUCAUGGCUAACAAGCAGGAGCUGGGACGGAUGCAGUUCGAUCCACUUCCCCCGCGCCUCACCCACAUGCCCGUGUCGGGGUCCACGGGACAGUGCGACUGGAUCUCCAGGAUGCAGUUUGGCGCCUUGAGGGGCAGCGGUCAGCACGGGAUGAUGACCGCCCAACACAACGGGCACCCUCAGAUGAUGGCCUACGCGAGCAUUCCCGGCACCCGCCUCAAUCCCAUCAUGCAACAGAUACAGAACCUUCAACAACUCCAGAACCAGAGCUUCAUCAACCCCGAUCUGAGCCCCCCGGAGCUCCAGCCAAGCGCCAUGCCCAUCCGCACCAUCCUGCCCCAGGAGGCACAGAUCAUGCCCGCCUCCCUGGGUGCCCAGUUCCUCACACCGCCCUCGCAGCACAGCUACUCUGGCCCCGUGGAUGGCAACACCCCCAGCCAUCAGGUCCAGGGGCCUGACCACCCCUUUCUCACGCCCUCACCGGGCUCGCCGGACCAGUGGUCCAGCUCCUCGCCGCACUCCAACAUGUCGGACUGGUCGGAGGGCAUCUCCAGUCCGCCCACCAGCAUGCCGGCCCAGAUGGGACACCUCCCUGAGCAGUUUAAGUGAAAAACAGACUGGCUGCCCCAUGUAUUUUUAUACAAGAAAAAAGAUGAAAAAGGGCAACUUGGAAUAUUUUAUAUGCUUUUAUACCUGUCUUUCCCAACUUUUUAUUGAGCCGAGGCACUACUUCCAAAAGAUUUGCGAUAUUCAGCUUUGACACAAAAUUUCAGCAUGAACCUAAAAUGCAUUUGAACCUUUAGAGGUGAACUUAAUUUUACCUCUGAACUUUUGAAUACACUACUUGGCUUUCUCUAACAAAAAGCCAAACAGCAAAAUUCACAACAGGUGUUUCAUCAAUCGCCCAAUAUAUUAACAAAUUAACUCACAAAUGUACUUGUUUAGUUGAGCACAAAACUGUUACUCUGUUGUAGGAAUGGCAACAGGUGGAUACACAGGUUAUUAUUCUGCCGUCUAGUGGAAGUGGAUUUCAUCGCUCUUCCUGUCACUAUACCAUUUUGCAUAGAUAGAAACGAUACAUUAUUUGUAGUAAAUAAAUAAUCGUGAAAUUAGAUCAUUGCCCUGGCACGGUGGUUGGAAAUCACAACUUUAUACUAACAUUAACACAUUCCUUCUGUGCUCUUUUUUUUACAUUUGUAUUUAUUAAUGACUUUAUUUAAACGCCUCGCCUGCCUAUAGAAAUUGCUGGUAAAUGCAGUUUCUUUUUGUUCUUUUCUGCUCGUACUUACCCAGGCUAUUUAUUUGUUCUCUUUGUUGCUCCAUUUUAUUUGUUGUAUAAUCUUUGUUUAUACAGACAAUUACAUUCAAUGGGCAUUCCACUGAGGACCUCCAGUGUUAUGUACACUCUUUGUAAAUGUCUGAACAGAAGGAAGGACAAGUAUGUGUUCAGUUUAAAGGACAGCUUGGAGAUUGGCGGUUUUAAACAGGCUUUAUAUUAAGUCCUGUUCUCGUUUGACAAACUGGCCCGUUUGGCCACCGUGAGUGUGUUCUUGUUAUGCAGAGGGGGUCAAGGAAAAAAAUGCCUCCCUCCGAUUAGUUUAAGCCUAUGGCUAUGUUCUCCCAUGUUGUAAAUAGCUUUUGCGUUUCCCCUUGUAAGCAGGAUUUUGUUGAAGAAAUCUGAUGUCUUAAAAUAAAUGUGUUUGUUCUCAAAUGUG